AUGUCUUCUCACAAGACUUUCACAAUCAAACGAAUCCUGACCAAGAAGCAAAAGCAGAAUUAUCCUAUUCCUCAAUGGAUUGGGAUGAGGACUGAUAAUAAAAUCAGGUACAACUCCAAGAGAAGACACUGGAGGGAGACCAAGCUGGGGCUGAAAGGAGCUGCACAUGAGCUACAAUAUGUUUACCCUCUGGGAGGUCACAGGACGACACUUUCUUUAAUGGUCUAG